AUGACUAGUGAAAAUGUUCGCUACGUGUUAGCCAUCGGCGUCUCACACACGGAAAUAGAAAGCGGGUUCAUUGUGUUUCCGGACAGCGAGUUUCAGGAACAUGGUGUCACUCGAGUUUUAAUAAGUGACGUCGACUGUUCGGAAGAUAUAAUCGGUAAAUGGAUGUAUUUGAAAACCGAGAAAAACAACCUAUCCACAACAUUUCAUCCAGUGAGGACGAUCUACGACAAAAAUCCCACAAGAAUCGUUGAUGGAGAUGUUCAGGUGAGAGCGUCGCUCCAGUUAAAAUGUGUUAAGGGUAGUAGAGUUUUUUUCACUCACCCUUUUUUCGGAAGUGUUGCUGGAAAUCUCUCGAGAGGCGUCUCUGUGGAUAGAUUAAAAACUGAGCCGGAACUUUGGAUUCAACCGUAUUUAUGUAAUGGUAUAGGAUGGAAGAUUGCCGACGAGCGCUAUCAAGAUUACUUCAUCCCAUCCCAGCAAAACCACAAUAUAACCGGAUGUUUGGAACCCUACGAACGCUACUGGACAGAAGGAGUCGUCACCAAAAAAUUCGACAAAGUGGGAGACACUAUUUACUAUGUGUGUUCCCCGAGCAGCCCGGAAGGUCUCAUAUGUCUUCAUCAAAAAUAUUGUCCGAUCGACGUCGAAAUGGUGGGACUUCAUGUCUCGGUUUGCGUCGAUUGGAGACAUGAAGUUAAAAGAAAGGUCAAACUCAUUCCGAACAAGAGGAAGACAAGGGUAACUGAUGGAGAAGCCGAAUUGCAAAUCUGUUUCCAAUACAAGGAAACUGAGUGUGGUAAGCCCCGCAUGGAAUUCCAAGAUGAAAACCAUGGCUCCAUUAUGAUUUGGCAAUCCAUGCUUCCAAAUUAUAAGGAAAAUGGCUGGUAUAUCGGGUGGAUCCGCCAUGCACCAUGCUUCAAGAUGGAAGAGUUGUGGAUCAUGUCUUCAUGUCACCAAAUUGAAGGGCCAUUUGCUUCCAAGCUAAUCCAGGAUGAGCAAGCAACACCAGCAGCAGCAGCAGCAGCUGCAGCUGAAGAGAAAGAUCUCGAAGAGAUUGCGAAAAUGAAAAGAAUACUAGCGAUGAUGAUACCAAAAGUGAACGCUCUUCUCAAACACGAAGAGGUGGUGGUUGCCAUGCAACUGGCGAAUUUGGAGGAGUACGAGGAACUGGUUGAAAUUGCCGCCAAACAUGGAAGUGUCGAUCCUCGAAAAAAAUAA